AUGCUGGGUAAGUGCAAGCAGACACAUCAAGCUAGCCUGCUUUUCGAAACAAUGGUCUCGGACGGCCUAAGGUCUGCAGUCGAUGUUUACACCUCACUUGUGGGUGCUUAUGCUGUAAACGGGCUUUAUGAUAAAGCCUUCAGUGUUGUCAAUGAUAUGAAGUCCGUACGUGAUUGCAUGCCGGAUGCGUUCACUUACUCCAUCCUCAUCAAAUGUUGUGCCAAGCUGAAAAGGUUUGAUAUGAUUGGGCGAGUUCUUGAAGAAAUGUCAAAUUCAGGACUCGAAUGUUGUACAGUGAUGUACAACACCCUAAUAGAUGGAUACGGUAAAGCUAACCGUUUCUAG